GAAAAUAAUAUGAGAGCCUUUAUCCCUGCAUCCUCUGUGGUAAGAGUGGGGAUCAUCCGAUUUAUCCCUAAGGAAACAAGUUGUUUAGGAUUGUACCAAAAACUGUCAUCUUAUAGUGAAAUAAUUUCUGUACGGAGAUUUAUGAAAAAAAUAGAUAAUGAGUUAGUACCAUUAACUACUAUUUCUGUUACAUUUGUAGGAACAAGACUGCCGCAGCAUAUUUACUUAGACAAAGUCUGUAGAAAUGUUCAGGUAUGCUCCAUGUGUGCUUAGGAUCAUUGCUACAAGGACUGCACAUCAGAGGUACUGAAGUGCAGUAAUUGUGGCGGUGACCACUUUGCAAUAUACUAUGUCGGUCCUAUUAAAUUAAAAAAUACAAGCUCUUUUCCAUUUUUACCAAAAAAUAAUUUGAAUUACAAAGUUAAAAGAGGAGAACAACAAUGACACCCAAAGAAUUGAUAAAUGAUGAGAAAAAUUUAAACUCCAUUGUAAAAACCUUGGUAUGC